AUGAUGGGGUUGAAUGGAAGGCCGGGGGACGUUUGCGUGAAGCGACCACCGAAUCUUAGUGUGACCUCUCCCGGAUUCAUGUCGGAAGCCACGACGUUCUUGGAUCGGAUGCGCAAGCUGACGAAUCAGAUGACGAAAGUGGAGGAGGUUAUUCCAGUCAAGGAGACUCUUGCUGAUGAUGUUACGCUUCGCUAUGCCCGAACGACCACCUACACGUGUGGUGCCCCGCAAUUUGACCCUAAACGGUUGCCAGGCCUUUGUCACAGAGAGUCGGAUCACGGCCGAGAAGAAAGUCCGUCGCCUGUGUCGCACGAACCAGGCUCGGUUCUCGUCAGUUGGCGCGACGAAUUGGUCGACGUCGCCGAAGUUGAGCUCCCUUGA